CUGAAGUGGAUCAGCGGCGGAGUGGACGUGGAUCAGCGGCGGAGUGGACGUGGAUCAGCGGCGGACUGACGUGGGCAGCCCGGCUGUCUUAGCGAGGAUGGCAGAUUCGUAUUUUCAGGUCCAGCUGACGGCUAUUCUGGACGUGCUGCUUAAAACAGCGGCUGUGGACAUUUGCGCUCUGGCUGACAGCGUCUUCACAUCUUUACAGAGGGAAAUAGAGAGAAGUACAUCUGAAAACGAGGAGCUGAGGCGGCAGCUGCGGAGUUUUACUGCAGAGCGGAGCGUUUCACCUGACAGAGAAGCGGCUCCGCUGAAAACUCAGGAGAGAAACAGCAGAGCCGCGGAGGAUGGCAGUAGAAAAGCGCACGAUCGUAGGCCAAAGGCCUUUAAUGUGGGGACUGAUGCUGGAGCGGUCAAUAGUGGUCAGCAGCUGCAGAAGCAGAGCGAUGCAUCGGUGGGAGUUAAAGAAGAGGUGACGGAGAUGUAUGUUACUCAGAGUGUGGAGAGCAGGGUGCAUGAUGUGUCCAGUGAUGGAGUUCCAGUCACGGACAGAAAUGCUCAGCUUUCUGACCUCAGGCCUGACCUCAAGACAGAAUCGGAGAAGACUGAAUCAGUGUUCCACAGUUCACAGCCUGACUGGAACGACUGCAGCAUUACAGACUAUGAGGAAGAAAGAGAGGGACAGCAGGAGAACCAGAACACUCAAACUGGACCAUGCACUAAUUCUAAUGGAGAGGGGGAAGACAGAGAGGCGGAAAAAGAACAGCUUCGACGUGAAACUUGCCUGCCACAGGAUCCAGAUUUACAGUGUUCCUUCAUACAGAUUGACGGAACUGUAACUACCUCUGUCCCUGAGAGGCAGACAGGAAGUACAUUUGCUUGUGAUAUUUGUGGAAAAGUAGUUUUGUCAGAGCAAAGACUGAGAGUACACAUUAAAACGCAUGCUGCCCUGAGGCCCUACACGUGCUCUCAGUGUGGGAAGAGUUUCACUCGCAAAGCGACCUUGAAUUUCCACCAGAACAUCCACAGAGGCGUGAAACCGUAUGCCUGCAGUAUCUGCCCGAAGUCAUUCGCCGACCCAAGUGCUCUGCGCAGGCAUAAAUCCAUACACAAGGUGGUUCGUUAG